GCGUGUCGUGGGUGAACGAUCACGACGCGCCUUUUAAAUGUUAAGUGAUGUGGGAAGAAGACUGUGAUUCACUGCACGGGAAGGAGGGAGGAGCCUGUGGAGGAGCGAGAGAGAGAGAGAGAGAGAGAGAGAGAGAGAGAGCUUUUAUUCUCCUCUCCGGGCUCCGCCGUGGUGAGAGCGCACAGGAUGGAGCGGAUGGAGUCGAUGGAGCCGAUCUCGGCGCACUACACCACAGCUUACCCGGAGAUCCAGCCCGAUAGCGGCUACGAAUCCAGAGAGACCACUGACAGCCAGGCAAAGACCCCACCAGCUCCCACCUAUGAUGAGGAAUUAGUGCACAAGACAAUCCUGGUCGGAGACAGCGGAGUGGGGAAGACGUCUCUGUUGGUGCAGUUCGAUCAAGGAAAGUUCAUCCCCGGCUCCUUCUCUGCUACAGUGGGCAUUGGAUUCACGAAUAAAGUGGUGACUGUUGACGACGUAAAGGUCAAACUACAGAUUUGGGACACGGCGGGACAGGAAAGGUUCAGAAGUGUGACACAUGCUUAUUACAGAGAUGCACAUGCUUUGCUCCUCCUGUAUGACAUCACAAGCAAAACCUCCUUUGACAACAUUCGGGCAUGGUUAACAGAAGUCCAUGAGUAUGCACAGAGCGAUGUAGUCAUCAUGUUGCUGGGCAACAAGGCUGACAUGAGCAGUGACAGAGCGAUCAGGAGAGAUGAAGGAGAGAGGCUGGCCAGAGAGUAUUCAGUUCCGUUCAUGGAGACGAGUGCCAAGACUGGAGUCAACGUAGAGCUGGCCUUCACUGCUGUGGCCAAGGAACUGAAGCACCGGGCCGUGCAGCAUCCCAAUGAACCCAAGUUCCAGAUUCAUGAGUACAUUGAAGCACAGAAGGAGAAGUCCGGCUGCUGCAGCUACUUCUAAAUCUCCUCUCCUGAGUCCUCCUCCCACCGCUCUGGGUGAACAGACUGUCAGAGACACACGAGAGCUACAGAGUGGGAGGAUAGCCCUAUUAACUCACUGCUGCUCCCAAAAUAUGAUGCUGCCAUUCAUUCAACACUAAAAGCCAAAAGUAGAUCAGUGGAGUGAGAGGAGGAGAAACUGAGCUACAGACUCACAAAACCCACAGUUUUAUUUAGCUGAGAAAAGUUUACCCAACUGUUUUCAGACUGGCAUUUAUGAUUACAGUAGUUUUAGAGAAUAGAAGAUUAUUGAAAUGAUAUGAGAAAAUAACCUUGUUUUAUUUGUGAGAGUUAGAUGAGAAGAUCAAUACCACUCUGUGUGUGUGUGUUAAGUAUGGUGCUGAAUCAGGAAGUGGUUAGCCUAGCUUAGCAUUCAGACUGGAGGCGGGAGAAAACAGCUAGUCUGGUUCUGUCCAAAGGUAAAAAAAAGAUGCCUACUACAGAUUUAAGCCAUACUAUAUUAAAAUCAUAUUGCUUGUUAACUUUUCUGAACAAUAACAAACACACAGCCAUUUAUGGUUCUUUUUUUUUUUUAAAUGUAAUUCAUUCAUAUAUUUUGGCCUACCCUGUUAUAUUUCAUGUUUAUAUUGUACUAUUUUUCAUAUAGACAACUACAUAUAGGUUUCUGCCUCUUAAAAGGAAGUUUUUCUUUGCCGUCAAGUGCUUGCUCAUGGUGGUACUGUUGGGUCUCUGUAAAUAAUUUUAUAAGGAGUACGGUCUAGACCUGCUCUAUUUGAAAAUUGUACUAACGUUUGUUAUAAUUUGGAGCUAUACAAAUAAAAUUGAAUUGAAUUGUAACUUCUCAAAGACUGCGCAGCCUUGGACAGGGUCUUGACUGCUGUCCCUUACAGAGCUCAUGUCGUCUGAGCUAGUUUUGUCAUUCUCACGCCCCAGUUCUGCUUUUGAAACGAUCAGAUUCAUAAAUGGCACAAAAACACAUUUCUCAUCAGCAGCAGCCUCAGGUACAUCCUCAUUUCCUGCCAAUAUCAAAGAAAAUGCUGCUCUGCACUAAAUCUGACUGUUACUGUGACAGUAAGCUAUAAGCAAAUGUUCCUACAUUGUGUCUGUAGUUACUCAAAGUAACAGUGAAAUGAAUGGACUGGGGGGGGGGGUAAUUAAGACCCAGGUUGCUAAAGACCCCAGGUAUGCAUUUAAAGGUUCACCUGCACACUAAAAGAAAUACAAUAUUAACACUCUGCAGCAGCUAUGUGAGAUUGUAUAUCAGUGGUUUGAGCUAAAUGCUGACAUUAGCAUGCUAACAUGCUAACAAUAACAGUGCUAAAAUGCUAAUAUAAGUAGUAUGAUGUCUACCAAGUUUAGCAUUUUAGUUUAGCAUGUUAGCAUGCUAAUGCUCAUAAGGGAUGAAUAAGUAUUUGGUCAUAUAGGACAAAUUCAAAUGUUGACCUGAUGUUGGCAUUAGAUGGAAAGUUAAGGGAUCAUCAAAGUCAUUCAACUCGUCUUCACAAACAGGACUGUCAAUACCCAUUUUAAUGACAUUCAAUCCAAGUGUUGUCAAGACUAAAAAAACAGAACGAUCAACCUCAUGGUGGCGCUAGAGAUUUCAUGGUAACCCAUCCAAUUGAGCUAUUUUCAGUCUGGACCAAUGUGGUAGACUGACAGACUGACCAACAUAGCCAUACCUAGAGCUAUCGUGCUAGCAUGGCUAAAGCAACAAUUUAUUGUGUGAGGGGAGUUACAUGUUUCAGCUAACGAAUGCUUAGCUUAGCAUGCUAAGCUAGACUACCCACAGCGCGACUGAACCUCCUCACUUAAUGCAGACACAUGAGAUUGAAUUGAUCUUCUCAUCUAACUUUUAGAAAGAAAGGGAAUAUGCAUAUUUUCCGAUUUUUUUCUUGAAGGAAUUUUAUAAUUCAUGCUUCUUUGAACAAUAUUUUUUCAAAUAUAUCUUAGGUCAUUUGCCUUACAUAGAUCUCUGACUGGAAAUAGUUUUAUACCUACAUUUUAAUUGACCACUAAAUCCUUGCUGAUGGAAGUACAAGGAUGUUACAAACACCAAUUUGCCAAAGUGAAACAUAUUGUAAAAACUACAUACAGCCACACAACAUUAAUAGAAGCCAGAAGAGAACACCACAGAGUUAUAUAAGUUGUGGAUCCACAACAUUGCUACAACCUUAUGUGUCAUACAAUCUACUGACAGAUCUAGACAAAGGCCAUACACUGUGUCAUGGAUGCAAUUCAAAGCCAAGUCCGUGGACAAAAGCCCUGUUUGUUUGACUUAGUCAGACUGGUUCAUUCUUGACAAACUGCUCUCGAAGUGACUGUCAGCUGCUGCUUAACGCUCGCUGACUCAAGAAAAGCUCAGGGACACAGCUGGAGAAUAAGCUAAUGUUCUCUGAGCGCCUGGUGAGGACGACUGCAAGACAACUCUAUUUCUGAACAUGCACAGGAACGCAUUCAUGUGGUCAUGAUAAAAAAUGUUUUGGUCACCUGAAAUGUGUCUCUACAGGAGGAAUGCUGCAAAAGACCAAACAUAAACUUGCCAAUGAUCUGUGGUUGGAUUUCCAAUUUUGUCUUUAAUGUAUGGAACAUCUAUGUACAUACUGAAUUUGUGAGUGAGCAGAUUUUUGAAAAAUAAUUUUCCUCCCUGAAAAAAAAAAAUUGCUUUUAUAGCCUGAUUUUAAUGCUUAGUUGCAUGUUCGCUGGAUUGCAUGAACCAAAUCUCUGCACAGUGCCUCCAGAAUGUAUUAAAGUUGGUUUAUAUUUGUAUCAAGAUUAACGGAAAAAUAUGAACAAAUAAUCAGCAUUUCUCUUCAGAUUUUAACUCAACACUCAGGGUUAAAUUUUGAUUUGAAAUAUGAGAUCUAGAUAUAUGUAUGUGUAUCAAAACAUUAAAGCUGCAUAAAUUGAUUCAUAAAAAGACAUUUGCCACUAGGGGGCAGCAGAACAAAAGGUUUUUGGCCACCAAAUAAAUGUAUUAUUUACUCUUUAAAGGCUAAAUGCCACGCUUUGUUUAUCAGCUAGUUGCUAACUUUGUCUGACACUUGUCGUUAGGCAGGUAUGGUACGGUGAGGUUUAUCAGAAUAUUUGAACUAAGCUCAGUUUUAAAUACUUAAAGAUCCAGUGUGUAACAUUUAGGAGGAUCUAUUGGCAGAAAUGGAAUAUAAUAUUCAUAGGUAUGUUUUCAUUAUUAUAUAAUCACCUGAAAAUUAGAAUUGUUGUGUUUUCGUUACCUUAGAAUGAGCUGUUUUUAUCUACAGAGGGAGCAGCAGCCCAGAAUGGACAAACCAAACACUAGCUAUAGCUAAUGGCUUGGAAGGCAAGCAGUAAUCAAAUGGUGAUGCAACUUCACCGCUAGAUGCCACUAAAUUCUACACACUGGCCCUUGGCUUUAAGACAAGCUAAAAUGCUACAUAGAGCUAAGGAGAACUGCAGAGUUGGAUUGUAAUUCUCUGUGGGUUGUUCAUUACGGCAACACCUUUUACAUUGCACAUAAUCAUUUAAUCCAUUGGUAAUAUUAAAAUAUUGAUUAGUGCAACUUUAAGGAACCAAUGAUGUCAGAACAACAGCUCCAUGUUCAGGUUUUACACAAACAAGUCUAUAAACUUUGACAACAGUAUGCAAUGCUCUUCUGCAAAUAUUUCAUAUUAGUCAGUUACGGGAUGCUCUGACUCAGCACAGCUCAGGUCUGACACAAUCUAAAAUUAUACAUAUUGUGAACAUUAGACCUUGUAUAUACUGAGCAGUUGUUUGUUGUCAGACCACACUGCCAAUAGCUGUCUUUGAUGUGCUGUAUGCUGCAUAAAAAAUAAACUAUUUUUAACUGAA